AUGAGUCCGGCGAUGUCGUCUCACUGUUGUGAAGGGAGGAAAUUGGAGAUGGUAAUGGGGAGGGAAGAUGAUUUAGGAUUUUCAGAUUUCGCCCUCCAGAUUGCCGAAUCGUUGAUCUGCAGCUUUAUACUUUUAAGGUUUGAAUACGUAGGAAAUAAGAAGAUGCAUCCUCCUCUAACAAUCCAUAGGCAUCCAAUGUGUACGGAAAUUAUUGAACUGUUCCAAAAGUGCCAUACGGAGCAUCCUAUUGGUAAAUUUUUUGGUAACUGCACUGAUCUGAAAAUAAAGCUUGAUAAGUGUUUCCGCCGGGAAAAAGCUGUGAAGCGAAAGGCAAAUUUUGAACAGAGCAAAAAGUUGAAAGAGAGGUUACAAGCAUACAGGAAGGAAAAUGCUGAGAACAAUUUUGUGCAAGCAUAA